CAUAGAAGAAAGAUGGAGCAGCAGCAGAGCAAGAACGGAGCCGUACAGACUGGCGCCAAGGAGGUGCAAGUCGCUUUGAGCGACGAGCCACCGCCGAGAGAGACGUGGAACAAGAAGGCUGAGUUCUUACUCGCCGUCAUCGGGUUUGCGGUCGACCUGGGUAACGUGUGGAGAUUCCCGUACAUCUGCUACCGUAAUGGAGGCGGUGCAUUCUUCAUUCCGUACAUGAUUAUGUACCUGGUUGGAGGGCUACCACUCUUCUACCUCGAGCUGGCGCUGGGCCAGAGACACCGAUGUGGAUGCAUAUCGGUGUGGGACAAGGUAUGUCCCUUAUUCAAAGUGCUUUUAGACGAACUCAAGGGUCUGGCAACAGAAUGUAAUGUGAAUGAUAAUGUCAUUCGUGGGGUGCUUAAAAUACAUCACUCCGAAGGAUUGGAAGACCUAGGUCCGAUCAAAUGGGACAUUGCCUUGUGUCUUAUGGCCGUGUUCGUUCUCGUAUACUUCGCGCUCUGGAAAGGCAUUAAAACUUCCGGCAAGUUCGGCGGUCUGGAGUCUCUCAUCACGGGACUGUGUGACGAGUAUCCCAAGAUCAAGAAGAACAGAGAGCUAUUCGUCGGUCUACUCAUGAUAUACUGUUUCCUAGGAGCGCUACCUACCUGCACAUACGGCGGAAACUACAUGAUUCAGUUCUACGAUGCGUUCGGCAUUCCUCUGUCCAUCCUCUUCAUCGUGUUUCUUGAGUCAGUCGCCGUGUGCUGGUUCUACGGCGUGGAUCGUUUCUCGUCGGAUAUUGAGACGAUGGUCGGGUUCAGACCGGGAAUCUACUGGCGUCUCUGCUGGACCUUAUUCAGCCCCGUGUUUAUGUUACGGCUGCACGUUCUCACGAGACCGCUCGAGCCGCCGACGCAGACGCCCGCAGCAGCACUCGCAGUCGCCGAGAAGACGGCCGUGUAG